AUGGUUGCGCAUAGAGAUGGUGAUCAUGGAACAUACCUUGAAAGCCGUGAUCUUAAAUACAGUUCCAAGGUGUUGAAAUUGUUGGCAAUAACCAAUGGGAAUCGGCGUUCGGUGGAGAUUCUAGUAUUUGUCGAGAACAGCGGGGAACAUGAUGGCGGGACAUUGUACAACGGUCCACCGAUUUUCUAUGAAGAGCCUCCGGGGCCUAACGUGACGCUUUCUGAUUUUGUCUUGUAUAAGCCGCUGGAAAAAUAUUUCUCCAUGUUACUGGAGGUUGAUGAUUUUGUUGCUCAGGAUUCCAAAAAUGAGGGCCACGGGCAAUCAGGCACAAAGACUGCUCCUUGGUUAAUGGCUAAAGAGCGGUUACAACAGUGGAAACACAAUCAUUGUGCAUUGGCAUAUUCUACAGUGGGGACAUUUUAUUAUUUGGCACCAAAGGUUUUGUUAAAGAAAGGGUAUAAGAUGGAGUGUGAUUGUACGAGAUGCUCAUAG